UGUGAAUCUGUCAAACAUAUUGCGUGUUUACGGAGUUACUUGUAUUCGUUUCAAUUAAAAAGUGAAAUAUCUAUCUUCGAACACAGCUCCAUUAACGAGACUGUAGCAAAAAGCAAUGGGAUCCGGAGAAAGCACGACUAGGAGAGUUUCUUUCGGCCUAGAUGAGGAUGACAGGGUGAGGAUUCUGCGUGGAGUGAAGCUGUCUGAAGACGUCCUACAGCGCAUGAGGAACAUCAAUGCAGAUCCGAGACCACCUGCCAACAAUAAAGAAAACCAAGGCCAUCAAACUCGAACAUCCAGCACAUCAGACGCACAAGCUCCAAAAACACAGGCCAAAACGACAUUUCCCGACUCUAAAGAGGAGCUCAAAAAGAGGUAUGAGCAGCAGCAGGCCAUUAUACAGGAGGAAUUGGCUCGCAUCGCACGCAAAGAGAGAGAGGCGGCGCGGCAGGACAUCAGUCGAGCGGUGCAGAGAGAGCGAGCACAGACGCGGCAGGAGUCUGAGAGAGCCAAACAGCUGCCUGCCUCUGAACUGGAUGCCUGGGGGAAACAGCUGGACAAGAAGGAGGCAGAGCUGAAGGCGUUGGAGGCUUUUUACCAAGAACAAAUCACACAGCUAGAGAAGAAGAAUGAAGAACGCUUCAGGUCGUCUGCCGAACAGUUCCACGCUGCUGCAACCAGGAGCGAAGCCAAUAUAAAGGCGCGUAAUGUGGAGCCAGUGUGUUUAAACCUACAAGCUCAGAUUCUGAACUGCUAUAGAGAAAACCGUGAGCAGACGCUUCAGUGCUCAGAUCUGGCCAAAGAGUACAUGCAGUGCAUCAAUGCAGCUAAGAAGAAUCUGCUGGUGAAUCAUGGAUAGAGAGGAUCGUGGUCACCUGUGGCUCGUGUUGAUCUGUGUCUGGUUUCACGGGCCGCUUCAUCUUUAGCCUCUCCAUCCAAUUACCAUCUGAUCCCGGGACUCCAAUGUACCGAACUGCAGAUCACAGGCCUCCAUGAGUAUUUCAUUAUCUGCUACAGCACGGACAGUGGCGUUUUUAUAAGAGUGCACUCAGGAAAUACUGAUGCUUUUAUUUGUCGGGAUUCUUAUUUAUGCAUUGUUUUUCGCCAAAAGCAUAAACUUCAUAAACGAAUAGCUGCCCAAAAGCUGA